GUGUACUGGGUGUCCGAGGCGGUGCCCCUGGGAGCAGCGGCGCUGGUGCCUGCCUUCCUCUACCCGCUCUUUGGAGUUCUCCGGUCCAGCGAGAUUACUGCCAUAUCGUCCUCUGAUUGCCUGCUACCUUGAGUCUGCCCUCUCUGUUCCCUCUCUAAGCAUUCUCAAAAGCUCAAAGAGGAACUUCCAAGAGCAACAGCACUUUCAGGGUGAGCAUUUACAGUAAGAAAGUAAGAAAGAAAACAGCAGCUGAAACAGGAGCAAGGUGCAUGGAGGGCCCCACUUACCAACAGCUGGCACCCCCUGAACUGUCUCACUGCAGCCCUGGCCCCUGCUUAGGGUUUCUGAUGGAGAAGGCUGAAUGAUAGAGGCGAGGAGGACUCAUGGAACUAAUGUUUGAAUGCCUACCAAGAAUCGGGCCACUGCACCAGCAUUUGUGACUGAACGUGGUGCUUCUGAGAUCUCAGGAGGGCUGAUACUUCCAAUGUGCCAAUGAGGAAAGAGGCUCAGAGUAAGAAUCGUGUCCCAACUCAUAAAGUAGGAAACAGUAGAAUGUUUAAAUACAUACCAAUUUGAUUUUGGAGACCACUGCCUUGCUUCCUAUAUCAUACAAAAAAUAUUCCAUGAAGUGGUAUGCAGCUUCAUGAGGUCAUAAAUCCAUGGAGUUGUUACUAAGAAUCACUCUCAACCUCUACAGUAUGAGAAAGCAGGAAGGAAUCGGGGCCCAUGGGAUGCCUUAACCCUGGGUGAGCCUUUUUGAAAGUUCAGAAUUAGGCAACACCUUCAGUAGCUGCACUGGAACACAGAUGAACCCUGUAUUUCCACUAGAGGACUCUACACCAGCUUUUGUUUGCUUUGUCUUAGAGUAGUCAGCCUUCCUCCUCCUCCACUUCCUCCUCUUCUUCCACCACCUCCUCCUCUUCCUCUCUUCCUUUUCCUCCACCUCCUUCUCCUUCUGUUAUUUUCUCUCCCACACCCCAAUUGGUGACAUUGAGUAGUUAUAGAUUCAAAUUCUCCAAAAAGGGUAGGAUCCCCAAAACUCUCAGCAGAGAUUUUAUCCCCAGAGACACACACAACACUGGGGACUAAUAUUUAAGCCCAUCUGUGACCAGAACCGCCAGGCAGUCACUCCAAUCUUUGCCCCUCUUGUAUGGAAAAAAGAGUAAGUAAGCAGGGUUUGUGCAUGCCUAAAAGAAAGGUCAACCUCAGAUGGGACUUUUCUUAAAAAAAUGUGUGCAGACUUGUUCUGUAGAUUUCUCUCCAAAACUGUGAAAACCAAACUUCCUAGGGGCAGAGAGUAUGAGCAGAAGGAAGAUAAGAAUGAAAAGAACUGAACCGUAAGCAACAUGCUAAAGUGAAAUAACGAUUCAUUAGGAGACUUCUUCUUUGAAAUUCUCUGUGGGGAGCCCCAAGCCCAUACGCCUCAGCCUUACGGCAGAUGAUGUCUCUCCUCCAAGAGCUGCCUGCACUUGGAAUGCUCCAGGUGCUCAGGACAGCUGUCCAUCCCAUUGUAAGGUGUUGUCAGGCAAUGGCUAUCCAUGCACUGCCUCUGUGCCCAGCCAGGAAGACCAAGCCUAGAAGGAGGUUACAGCAGCAGCAGUUUGCAAGUUAGCAUGAUUUCACAAAGUGGAAAAGAAGAUGGUCCUGAGGCAUUAUGUCUUGUAAUUGCUGUGGGCUGCAAUUACAAGAGGGAAGAGGGAAAUUUCAUAGUUUAUGGUGAAAAAAAUCCUAAUCUAUCCAUAUGAUGAGAUGCUUUGACCAGCACUGAGAUUUAGCAGUUGGACCACAGGGAACAGCUUAGUCCAAAUGCAGUCAGUUUAUCUGACCUUCUUAGAUUAGGACAGUGUCGGUAAGGUGGAGUAUAUGGGUUCAGUCCUUUGUGAGCCAGUAAACUUUGCAGGAUAAAUGGCAGCUCCCUACUGCACUAGGUGCUUGUAGCUCUCAGGAAAACUAGGCUACUGCUCUUCAGGAACCACCCCCUGCAUGUUGCAUGUCCUGCCCUACCCCAGCCUGUGCUGACCACCCCUUGCCUGGACUCAGGUCAUUUGUCCACCUUGGAAACUUCCCUCCAGCCAGGAGUGGUGGCACACAUCUCUAAUCCCAGAGCUCAGAGGCUGAACUAGGAGGACCGCCCAUGAGUUCCAGGCCAGCCUGGACUACAUAGUGAGACCCUGUCUUAAAAAACAAAAAACACUCUCCAGUUCCUCCAACUUUUAAAGUUCUACUCAGUUGAGGGGUUGAUAGUUUCCCUUCGAGCUGAUCAGAUGUUCUGUCUCUUAAACCUUCAUCAACAUGAAUAGAAACCUUCUGUAGAUAUGGUGCUCUAUCUGCCAAAUUUCAUCCCCUCUGGAUCUGUACCCUCUGUGCAGCCUGGCACCCUCCUUGCAACAGCAUUCCUGGGUCUCGAUUCUUGGCUGCAAGGCUGACAGUGUGUAAGUUGUGUAAUUGCCUCACGAGGAAAGUUGUGUGAACAGGACUGGGAUGGCUCUGGGAUUGUAGCCUCUGUCCCUCAUGUUAUUCACUCAGCAUUCUGAAAAUUAUUUUCUGAAUUCUUUAUCUACCACACGCAAUGUGGGCUGGUACAGUACACCGAGGAUGAUGAAAAGUGAAUCAAACAUAAUUCUUGUCCUCCAGAACUCAUUUCUGAGUAGCCGUUCCUCUCGAAAGCUGUGGGAUCUGCAGAGAAACAGAACCAAAUGGAGAACAAGCUGAAUACAGAUAGGAAGAUAUAGGUAGAUACGGAUUAUAAAUAGAUAUAUUAUCAGGAGUUGGCUUACUUGGUUGUGGAGGCUGAGACAUCCUACGACCUGGUGUCCCAGGAGUAGCCAUGUUGUAACUCAGUGUGAGUUCAAAGGCCUGAGAACCAGGGAUUUCCAUGAAAAAUUCCAGUGUAAGGGCAGAAGAUAAAAUGGAAUAUUCCCAGCUCAAGAAGUACGGCUGGAAAAAUGUCAAAUUCCAGCUUUUUCCCUAUACAUUGUCUUCUGCAGGCCCUCAGUGGAUUGGAUGAUGACCAUCCACACUGGGGAUGCGGCCUGCUUCACCACAUUCAGAGACUCAGAUGCUAACUCUGUCCAGAAAUGUCAAGGAAAUACCCCAAACAGUGUCUAAUCCGGGAACUUGUUAGCCCACUCAAGAUGAACAUAAAUUUAACCAACACAAGUACAUAUAAAGGGUAACUUUUCAUGGUGCAGCACUAUGAGGAGCUCCCUGCUCCAUGUAAAGGAAAACUCUGGAAUGGGUUUCCAUGUGUGGUCUCCAUAUGCCUGUUCCUGGAAGCGUGAGCCAAGUGUCCAUAUCAGGGUCACCCAUGACAGAUUUUUGUAUCCUGAGAAAGGGUUGGACUCUACAAUCUCUUUGAGCAGGAUUUUCUGACUUAUAAUCAUCCAACCACUACUUCCCUGUGCUAAUAUGUAGGGUCCUGGAUUUUAGGUUUUUGUUUUUGUUUUUUUGUGGGUUUGCUUUUUUAAAGUUAGGAUUUUCAUUUUGAUUCUAUUACUAUCACUGUAUCUGCCUCCAGAGUCUUCUAGGCCUCUUCUAAUGUGUUAACAGCCUGGGCACCAUGGCUGUGUCCAUGCAAAUAGAUGAGAUACUGCUUAUAGGAGAGGCAGACAGACGCAUACAAAAGGGCUUGGAGUGGCACAGGGGUUGAGAAGCAUGGUCUGAAUGCCCAGCUUGGAAAGGCCAGUGUGCAGAGCUACUUGUGGUAGUAAUGACAUGUGCUGCCCAUCUGUACCCAGCCACCACACACCCACGCACAUCCACACUCAGCCAGCUGUCUCUGUGGCCUUGUGCUGUAGGCUGCCAGUUCAGGCUCAUUUGGAUUCCAGCUCCUGCCAGGGCAAAAGAGGGCCAAGGCAUCCCCCACUGGGAUAAGAGAUGGCCUCUGAUGUCACUAAUCAGUUUCCUGUUGGCUCCUGACCUUUCUGACACACUGGCCAUCUGUCCAUUGCCCGGAGCCUGACUUUCUCUAUUUGUUGAGCCCACAGGGAGCUUCAUAGCCCACACUCACUCUGCCCUUCUGGUCCUUACUUCCCACAGAGGCUGCCCCCUCCUACACACAAGCCCUCUGGGGAUGUGGGCUGCAUUCCAGGCUGGCACCUCUCUGAACCCAGCCUGCCUGUGACCCCACCAUCCAGGCACAGCACCAGCCUCCCCACAUCCACAUCCAGAUGGCUCAUCGUAUCCCAGGACAGACACUAGCAGAGGGCAGAGCCAGUAUCCCCAGCCAUACAGGAAGUGGACCAGCUUUGGGGUCAGAUGGGUGCCCACCUGGGUCUCUCCUCUCUAAACUUCUCUAGGUAAGGUUUGCAAAGAACUUUUUAUAAGCCAAACCAGUUUUACUUUGAACCAAUUCUUAGGAGACUCCAUAUAUAAAACAGAUAGAAAGGCAAUUUCUACUCAAAUGGGGCAUGGGGAGCUUGAGAUCCAGCUACCUGGACCCUUCCUUCCUGAUCCCUUCCUUCCACUGCAGCCCCUGGAGUUUUCUGAGCCAGUGGGUGUGGUUUAAAAAUCUCUGAUCUCCAGAUGUAAGUCAGGUGAUGAAAGGCUGUCCAAGCCUACCCAGGACACUUCCCUGAUCAAAAGGACAUCUUUGCUGCUAGGGAAAGGCAGAGAGACAGAUGGCUGACUUUGGUACACCCCAUGGACACCAGUGGAAGCCAUGUGGGUACAUAGCGUUGUCCAGACUUAGCUCACAGCCAAGAGGAGGCUGACUCCCAGAGUUCAUAGGAUUUCACUGCAAAAUCAUUCUGAUGCAUUUCUGGUGGCUGCCCAUGCCACCAAGUGCCCUUGUCAGGAGAGCAUAGACAGUCACAUUGACACAGCCUGCCGCUCUGCAGCUUACAGUAGGGAGAGGAUUCCUGGUACCACCACAGACAACUAUGGUGGAAACAGAGUGAGUUGGGAUCCGGGUUUGGAGCAGGGAAAACUUAGUUCAAAUCCAGCACUGCCACUGAGAAGUGUUUUUUGUUUUGUUUUGUUUUGUUUUGUUUUUUUCAUGACUAACAUUGUUUCACUUAAACUCCUGCCAAUUUCCCCCUUUCCCUUCGUUUUUCUAAACUAAAUCCCAGGCACUUCACUAGUAUAUCAUUCCAUGUGAAUCUCUAAAAUUUAACUCUAUUAAUUCUAUAUGACUUCUUUAAACUACUAAGCUACAUAAGUAGUAUUUAGAUUUUUCCCAAUUGUCUGUCCUAUGAUCUUUUUCUUUUUUAUUUAAAGGGAAUAAAACAAAACAAUAAGAUGAAACAAAACAAAACAGGCCAAUAUUGGAUUGCUAUCAUCUCACCCAGUAUUUCUCUGAAUCAAACAGUUGCUUGUGAGGAAGUGGAGAGCUUGGCUCUUCUUGUCUCCCAGCCCAAGUGCCAGCUCACAGGAAGGCUCAGGUUAGCUUUUUGGUUCUCCUCCCAGUCUGCACAGCUGCCACUCUCACUGACUAGUCUUGAGCAGGUUCUGCAUCCACACCGCACUUGCUCAUCUAAAAAAUGACAGCACCAGAAAUUCACCAGCGUGGAAUUUGGGAAGAUUCUAGGUAUGGCAGUGCCUGUCCUCGUAUCCAGUUUUUCUGCAAAAAUGAAGCACUGUCCUGUCUCUGCCUCCCCUCUGUUUAGAUGGCCCAGGGAGGAUGAAUCGUACAUCUUAGUGCAGAAACCAGGGAGUUGAGGUUAACGUCCAGAUUUCCAUUCUUAAACUUCUAGGAAUAAAGUCUCAAACACUCCUUCCCAUUUUAAAACCACAUUUUCCCCUUUUUGUGGGAGGCAGGUAGUUUGAGACAGGGUCUCCCUAUGUAGUCCAGGCUGAUCUUAACUCAGUAUGUAGCCCAGGCUGGCCUUGAACUCAUGGCAAUUCUCCAGCUUCAGCCUCCUGAGUGCUGGGAUUAAAGGGUGUGCACCAUUAUGCCCAGCUGAAAACUCUCCUUAAAAAGUAAAACAUGUAAUAUACAGUGAUCUUCCCCAUCUGUGGGAGAUAUGUUAUGUUCUAGGAGCCCCAGUGCAUGCCUGGAAUUAACAGUGGAACCAAGUGCUACAUAUACAUUUCUUCCUCUGUGUCCUGAGGUGAGGUGUUCUUUGCAUUCUGUUCUAGCAUUCAGUGGGCAUGGACCUCUUCGAAUUCCCUCCCUGCCCUCUGGAAAGUGUUGCCCUGGGAGACAUAGUCUGGGGCUCAGGGUGUGGGUUGUGAUUACUGACGGGGCAGAGUCAAGUGGGGUCCCAGAGCCAGCCCCAUCUUGGCCAUGUGAGUCCAGGCCAAGGGCUUCAUUCAUGUCAUCUAUUUGAUCCCUACCCUGCAAGGUAGCUGCAGAGAUGAGAUGGCACAUGCCAAUCCAGGGGGCACGGCCCGCACCCUGCCAGCCAGGACUUCGGUGCCACUUCUAGUUGCUAAGUGUCAAGCGCCAAGGCUGGCCAUGCCCAGGCCACUGGUGCAGAGUAGGUACAUGACAGCACUACCACAGCCGCCUUUCACUGUGACACAUUAAAACCACGCUCAGACAUUUGUUUGUUAGUUUUCUAGACCAUUGAUUUUUCCUUCACAACAAAACCUUUUAUAUUCAGAAUCCCCCAAGGCCCUCCGGCUUGAGGGUCAUCUUCAUUGUUUUCUACAACAUGCUACCCAUGUCCUGCCUUGAGCCCAGGCCGCCUCCCAGCCUCUGGCUGGACACUUGGCAGCACCCUGAUCCACUGCAGCCCAACGGCUCUGACGCAGCACAGUACUGCGGUCCAGGCUGCUGGCUACUCUCACCCUGCAUUUCAAGCAUUUAGGUCUCAUCCUUAGGCUGCCACGCCCUCUUUCCAGGCACCUGCCAUUGGCCCUUCCUCCUCUCCAAUAUCUUGUAACUAAUAAUCUUUGACUUGAGAAACCAAAUAACAGAGCUCGUUAGUGUUCAAGAGAAAUUACAUCCUAAGUGGGUGCAGCUCCCAGGAGUAUGGUAUGGAUUUUGCUCCCUGUCUCUGAGUUUCCUCAUCUGUCAAGUGAGGGCUGCUGUGGGCUCACAGGAGAUGUCAAUGUGGAAUGAGGAGGACCUGGCCUGCGGAGGGUCCCACUCCCUUCCCGGGGAGCAAACCUGGAAGAAGUAGCCUCAGGCACUCAGCCUCCUCAAAGGUCAUCACAGGCAAGCUGAUGUCUUCCUAUGACCUGUGCCCAGGAGGCAGGGAACUAAACAUCCCCCUGGAAAAGUACUAGCACUGACCAACAGGACUAGUGGAAAGACUGGCUCCGAGAACUACCUGCCUCAGUGGAUGGGAGGACAAAGGACUCUGCCUCAGAGCGGCCUCCUGCCUGCCGGCCCCUGCAGUGCUCCCACUGCCCACCACGGCCCCUCCCUCCGCUGUGGAGGCCUCCUCUGUCGUCAGGGGCUCCUGACAGCUGAGGAGUGCACUUGGGGACAGAAGGACCUUCACACACACCUCAUCAUCCAGACAGGGAGAAACUGUCACGGGGCAAGAGGGAGAAGUGGAGCCGGCUCCCUUUAUUGUGGCUUUGAUGUUGCCAGAGUGUCGUGUGCACAAAAUUUAAAAAUUGAGGAAUGCUGAAAAACUUACAGUGAAAAGCCCGUAGUCUUGCUCGAUAACUCUUAUUUUCAGUUUUUUAUUUGUUUGCAAUGCACAAUGAUUACACCCCUUCAGGAUGGCCAGUGGCUGUACAUGACUUGUUUUAACUCUUUUUUUUUCUUUCUGUUUCUUCCCUUCCUUCCUCCUCUCUUAUAUGAGACACCCAAAUAAUUUAGAGAGAAAAGUAACUUCUAACUUUGUUACUCGCUGCUUCUGCUGCUAGGUGCCGUAUUCCCCUGUGAUUUGUUAUAUUAGUCCUUAAAUCAUCAUUUAGUUCAGACAUUAUCAGUUGACUUCCUAGGGUGGCAGAUGAAUAUUUUGUUUCCUUAUGCCCUCCCUGCCCUCUACCCUCACAGUGUAUUUAUGUCACAGCUGUUAUUCAAUAACCAAAAUGUAGCACUAGAUUAUAAAUAUUGUUUACUCCAAAUGUCUCGUAUCUUAGUAUAUUUAUAUUUUCUUUCCUGUUCGGCUUUUUUAUUUCUCCUGCAGUUAAAAAUGUUUUUAUGCCAGAAUUUAGCUCAGUGGCACAAGCACCUGCUUAGCAAGUGUGAAGUUGUCAAUUCAAUCCGUGGUAUAAAAAAAAUGUUUGGGGCUGGGGAUUUAGCUCAGUGACAUAAGCGCCUGACUUGCAAGUACGUGGUCAUCAGUUUAAUCCCUGGUACCAAUAAAAAAAAUGUUUUUAUGCUGGGCAUUGUGGUGCACAUCUGUGAUCCCAGCACUCUGGAAGCUGAGGCAGGAGGAUCGUCAUGAGUUCAAGGCCAACCUGGGCUAAUAAGUGAGUUCAAGGCCAGCCUGAACUGCAGAGCAAGAUCUGUCUAAAAAAAAAUCUUAAUUCUUAUUUUAUCUUUUUUAGAGGUACUUCUCCAUAGUUAAACUUUUCCUCUCAAUUUCUUAUGAUUCCUCUGGUUAGGAGCAAUUCUCAUGUGUGUGGAGAUUAUUUAUUAAACGUCUACGUUAGUAUAUUACUCUGCCAAGAGUUAAGAGAUACAGAAAGACAGAACAACAACCAAGCAAACAGCAGUUCAAGCAUUUCCUAAAGCUGUUUGUGGCCUGGAGAAGUUAAGUAUCCACGAGUAAUGUUCUGGAAUCAGAGGCUGGAGCCAUGGAAGGUUUUCAGUAGGGCACUGGGCCUUGAAGGGUGACCAGAAUGGAUAACCAGAGAAAAUGUCCAAGUGGGGAAUUAACUAUACAAGUGAGGGGAGAUUUAUACAUAUAAAAAGCUCUUUAAUGGGCUAUGUCUCAAUUUCUUCAUCAUUAAAAAGGAAAGAGGUUUAAAGUUGGUAUUGUGGUUAUGUAAGAGGAAAGUCCUGAUGCUUAGGGAAUACACGUUUUAGUAUUCAGAGAGCAAGGCCCAAAGUAUAGUUACCCUCGAAUGGGUCAGAGAAGAAACAUGGCCAGGUAAUGUACAAGUAUUCUCUGUACUAUUUUCACUUUUAGAAUUUUUGAAACUUUAAAAUCUCCCUGGAGUUAUUUUUAAAUGUUUUAAAAUACUUUUGAAGAUUUAAGAUGUUCAUAUCAUUUCUCUUCGCUUGCUCUCUAUGAUCUUCUUCCUUUUCUAGAACAGAUUCUGGGGCUGUUAAACUUCAUCCCCCCCUCCCUGAACACUGUUCCAGCAAAAACACCAGGCCCCAGGCUCUGAGCCUAGCUCUCCUUCUCAGAACGGGCUUCCACCAACUACAUAUAACAGAGUGUUCUUUCAUUCCCUUAAUGCCACCUCGCAACACACAGUAAAUCCUUGGCUUCUGAGCAUAAUUCAUCCCCCAAACACGCUCGUAACCCAAAGCACAUGUGUAUCGAAGCAAGUUUCCCCAUAAGAAACAACGGAAACUCAAAUAAUUUGUUACACAACCCAAAAAUAUUCAUAUAAAAUUAUUACAAUAGUAUAACACAAAAUAAUAAAGAAAAUAAAUUAAUCUGCACUUUGAAAAGCUUCAUGGCUGGUGUGAGUGAGACGGAGAGGAAUCAUUGUUUUUAAUCUCUCUUUUUUUUUUUUUUUUUUUUUAGUAGUAGGAAUCAAACUCAGGACUUUGCACUUUCCAGGCAUGUGCUUAUGACACUGAGCCGUAUCCCCAGUCCAGAAAGGAAUCAUUGUGCAGGACAGCUUUCACUGUCACUAACAGUGGAAUCACUGCUGUCUAGUGGCUCGAUGGACUAUCUUCCUUUUCAUGUGACUUUAACAAGAAGCCCAUCCAAGGUCACUGGCUGUUGCCUCCUUUUAAGGCUUUAAUGGAAAUGUGACACUGCAUUGCCAUUCAACAGCCUUAUUCACUGGUGCUUUUCUACAAAAUGUUGUAGUUUCUCACAUUUUACGUAUCUCCCUAAUCUCAGCUGAACUGAGGGCUUCUCUGCCUUUGUCUCCUCCACCUCUGCAGACAAGAUCCUCUCCAUAACCUCCUGCUGUUGGGAGAUGAUCACCCACAAUCCCGCAGGCUGAGAGAGAGGAGCCAUGGGCUCAGUUGUGAGCGUGUGACAUUCUGCAUCACGUCUGUCUCCUGCUGCAAGCCUUUGCUGCUUUAUUAAGUUAAAAUUUAUUAGAAAUGUUCACUUGUCUCGCGGGACCCUGGCAGAAGAAGUUACUCACAAUCCAAGGUUUUACUAUAUGCACCGUACUUUUCUUCAGUUUUGUUCAUGCUGGUUUUUUUCUCGUUAAAAUAUAAACAUCAAAAAUAUGUCUUGCAAUUUAUACAAACACCUUUAAGAACUGUAGCCUAAUGAUAAUAAUCUAUGCAGAAAAUUAUUCUUUGCUCCACUUAUAGAAGCAAAAAAAGAAAAAGAAAAAUGAAAAAUGCAGUCAGCAUGACAGCACACUCCUGUAAUCCCAGCAUUCAGAAAGCUGAGCCAAGAGGGUCUUGAGUUCAAGACCAGCCUGGACUACCAGAGCAAGACCUUCUCUAAUACAUUUUUAAUUUUAUUUCCUGAAACAUUUUUUAAAAUAAAGAAAAGAAAAUUAAAAAUCAACUAAAAUAUCAACAAAAGGAAAACGGUCAAAUAAAUUCUAUGGUACAUUAUGCUGCUGUUAAAAAUGAAUUUUCAUAAUAAACUUAAGUUUCAUAAAUAAAUGAUUAGGAUAUGAUGUUAAGUGGGGGGAAGGAAAGGUGUAAAACUCUGUACACUGUAUGAAUCCAAUGAUGUUUCUAUAUAGACAUAAGGAAAACUGGAAUUUGAAGAAAUUAGCAGUCUCUCUCUCUCUCUCUCUCUCUCUCUCUCUCUCUCUCUCUCUCUCUGACUGUUAGGGGUUGAGCCCAGGGCCGUCACACUGAACUACAACCUCAGUGCUGCUUGUUUGAUUGAGACAGAGUUUCACUAUAUUAUUCCAGGCUGGCCUUGAACUCAUUAUGUGGCCCAGGCUGGCCUCAAACUCAUGACAACCCUCCUGCCUCAGCCUCCCAAGUGCCAGGAUUACUGGCAUAAGCCACCACACCUGGCCACUUUUUCUUUUUUGAGUUGUGGUCUUGCUGAGUCACUACAUUCCCCAUCCUGAGCUUGAAUUUGCAGUGUUCCCUCUCUGUCUCCCAGCAUGCUGGGAUUACCAGGGUAUGCCACCUUAAGUGCCACAAACGGAAGAAAAUGUAUCAAGAUAUAAACAACAGCAGGUUUAAGGGUAAUUUUGUCUUUAAAUUUUUCUAUAUUUUGAAGUUUUCCAUAGUGAACAUGCACUCAUUUUCUAACAGAAAUAAACAUAUUUUCUGAAAUUUUCUAAAAACAUUAAAGUUAAGAUUUGGAGACAAACCUAGGGUUAAUUUAAUUUUUUAAAAAUCAAUAUAAAAUUUGAGCAAUAUAAAAUUAAACAUUCUUUUUUUUAAGUCCAGUGCUGGAAAUUUAACUCACUAGGCAAGCCCUCUGCCACAGAGGCAUAUCCCCAGCCAUUUUUAUUUUUCAAACUUCAUUUUGAGUCAGCGUCUUGCUAAAGUGUCCAAGCUGACCUCAAAGUUUCAAUCCUUCUGUGUCAGCCCACUGAGUAUCUGGGAUAAUAAGCUUACGCCAUCAUGUCUGGCUAUAUGUUUAUUCUUAAAAAUCACAGUUGUUUUAUUUUUAAUGAAGGGUUUUGUUUUGAAAAGCAGAGGAGGUCAUCUAUCCUGUGAGGUUAUUGGCUGGAUGAAAGGAAAUCAUUUCUGUAAAGAGCUUGCACAGUGCCAAGGUAGAUACUCAGUAGCUGCAUAUUAUUCUAAAACAUGCAGCUGUCUUAGCUGGGGGUGUAGCUCGGUGACAGAGUGUUUGUCUAGCAGGUGCAAGGCCCCGUGUUUGAUCUGCAGCACCUCAAGAAAAAAGUAAAAACAUACAAUGUCUUUACCCAAAAAUAAGACCUAGCUGGAAAAUAACCAUCCUUAAAAACUAGAGAUCAAACAUGUCAGCCCCCUCAGCUUAUCCCCGCCUCACCUAACUUACAAAGGAGCCAGCAGGUAAGAGGACAGUGAUGGCAGUUGAGGCAAUAAUUGGCUGAUGGGGUUGGAAUUUUUUUUUUUUUUGUACCAGGUAUCAAACUCAUGCUUUCCAGGCAGGUGCUUAUGCCGCUGAACUAAAUCCUCAGUCCUGGGGUUGGCACUUUUGAGUUCUAGUUUUCAAGGCUGAUUACUUUCUGGCUAGGUCUUAUUUUCAGGGAAGGGGUUGUUUUAAGAAACCUUAUCUCUCUGCUGCCUCUUUGCCAGCUUCUAUGUUCAAGUCCCAGUGUCACUUGCUUGGCAUCUCCUUCCCGGGCACCAGAUCCUGGGCCAGGAGGGUGACCUGUCUGGGCUCCUGCAGGUGGCCGCUGAAUACUUUAAGAACACCACACUGCUGCUGGUAGGUGUCAUCUGUGUGGCAGCAGCCGUGGAGAAGUGGAAUCUGCACAAGCGCAUUGCUCUACGCAUGGUCCUGAUGGCUGGAGCCAAGCCGGGCACGCUGCUGCUCUGCUUCAUGUGCUGCACCACCAUGCUGUCCAUGUGGCUGUCCAACACCUCUACCACCGCCAUGGUGAUGCCCAUCGUGGAGGCUGUGCUGCAGGAGCUGGUCACUGCCGAGGAGGAGCAGCUCGUGGCAGGCAACUCCAGCACUGAAGAGGCCGAGCCCAUCAGUAUAGCCAGCUCCAGCUCCAUAUCUCAUGUCCUGCCUUUCUUUGCCACUGCAGCUCUUGAUGCUAAUAAUGGCCAACUUCCUCUGGAGCUCAUCUUUGUAAAUGAAGACACAUCAGCGGCAGACUUUGCUUCUCUGAUGCACAAGAACCUGAAUGGUGUGCCCAUGAUGACCAAGCCCAUCCAGACGUCAAACCGACACCAAGGCAAGAAGCAACAGGAAAAGCCACUAGUGCUGACCCAAGGCUCCAGGAACCAGGAGCUGAACAGAAAGUACCGAUCUCAGCAUGACCAGAUGGUCUGCAAGUGUCUCUCCCUGAGCAUAUCUUACGCUGCGACCAUUGGCGGCCUGACCACCAUCAUUGGCACCUCCACCAGCCUUAUUUUCCUGGAACAUUUCAACAACCAGUAUCCAGCUGCAGAUGUGGUCAACUUUGGCACAUGGUUCCUCUUCAGCUUCCCCAUAUCCCUCAUCAUGCUGGUCAUCAGCUGGUUCUGGAUGCAUUGGCUGUUUCUGGGUUGCAACUUUAGAGAGACCUGUUCUCUGAGCAAGAAGAAGAAGACCAAGAGGGAAGAACUGUCAGAGAGGAGGAUCCAGGAGGAGUAUGAGAAACUGGGAGACAUUAGCUACCCUGAGAUGGUGACUGGAUUUUUUUUCAUCCUGAUGACUGUGCUGUGGUUUACUCGGGAGCCUGGCUUUGUCCCCGGCUGGGAUUCCUUCUUUGAAAAGAAAGGCUACCGCACAGACGCCACAGUCUCCGUCUUCCUCGGCUUCCUUCUUUUCCUCAUUCCAGCCAAGAAGCCCUGCUUUGGGAAAAAGAAUGACGGGACAAACUAUGAGUGCUCCCUGGGGAUUGAACCCAUCAUCACGUGGAAGGACUUCCAGAAAACCAUGCCCUGGGAGAUUGUCAUCUUGGUGGGCGGAGGCUAUGCCCUGGCUUCUGGCAGCAAGAGUUCUGGCCUCUCCACAUGGAUUGGGCAGCAGAUGCUAUGCCUAAGCAGCCUUCCAUCAUGGGCUGUGACUCUGCUGGCAUGCGUCCUGGUAUCCAUUGUCACAGAGUUUGUCAGCAAUCCGGCCACCAUCACCAUCUUCCUGCCCAUUGUGUGCAGCCUGUCUGAAACACUGCACAUUAACCCACUCUACACCCUGAUCCCGGUCACCAUGUGCAUCUCCUUUGCAGUGAUGCUGCCAGUGGGCAACCCCCCCAACGCCAUUGUCUUCAGCUAUGGGCAUUGCCAGAUCAAAGACAUGGUGAAAGCUGGCCUGGGAGUCAACGUCAUUGGUUUGGUGAUAGUGAUGGUAGCCAUCAACACCUGGGGAGUUAGUCUCUUCCACCUGGACACCUUUCCAGCCUGGGCAAAGGUCAGUAACAUCACUGAUCAGGCAUAAUAGCAGGGGACAAAUUGGUCAGACCAAAGGAGCUGCACUUGGCUAAAUGUGCACCAUGAAGAAAACCACCAGCACACGUGGGCCAGGCUGGAGGGCACUCCUGCCAGAAGAUCUGCCAUCUGCCAUCUGCCACCUUGGCCAAGAGCAAGGGUCCUCCAGCCACAGCAGCCAAGUGCCUGGCUGUUGGGGUCUUCUCCCCACCCGUCUUAGCACCAUCAGUCAAGAAAACCCAAAACUCUUCUGUGUGUCCAGUCCUUCUGACUCUUUCUGAAGCACUGUCUUACUUGCAAAACCUCAUAAGCUGACCAGCCUCUCUAGGGUUUAUGUAAGAUGUCCUUAGGAGUUAAAGGAUUUUCCUAAAGCAUUCUAGCAUUGCAGACAGUGCAAAUAGUGAGAUCUCCCUUGGGGAAAAACCUGACCCAGAACUCGAGCCAUCUCCAUUGUUUCCAUCGUAAGAUUUCUCCACAAAUCUUCAUUGCACUCUUAUCAUUACUUCGAUUCCAUCUUAAACUGCUCUCUUCAGUGGGUCCCCUUUACUUUGGCGCCACAUUCCUGUAAAGAAAAUGUUCCCCUCGAGAAAGAAGCUGGCAUUAUUUUGUCAAAGGAAGAAGUAGAGAAAAGAUACACUGUGAUUAGUUAGCAUCUCUCUCUCUACCCAUACUAACCAGAAAUAUCAUUGCUUGACCAAAUGUGGGAAGGUGAAAAAUUUUGUACCUGUCUUACUGGGAAGAUUAAAACUACAAUUAAGACCACAGCACUAAUACUGCUAUUCUACUGGCUUCUUCUGGUUUUAAUGAGUACUUCCUAGCCUAAGAAGACCAAGGUAGUACUCAGAGGUAAAACAUGCCAGUUCCUACAUGUGAGUGAGCCCUUUGAGAGGAAGGGGAUGUCUGUACAUCUUGAGUCUGCCUGGGAAACACCUACCAUGAAAAAAGGCCCUCCAAACAGCAGGCCCUCUCAGUACUGCAAGAUGCUUGGGACACAGCAACACUAAGGAAAGUCAGUGAAUCUGAGAACAAAUGGCGCACCUUCAGGCUGCCCCUACUGAAGGACCACUGGGCAUAACUCCUGCACUGUGUGCAAGGCUCCUCUGUACCAGUCACGUACCCGUGCACACCUAUGAUGCAACUGCACACCUUUCACACACUCCCACCAAGGCAGUGGUUGUGGCAUAUUUGGCGCCCAUGCUUUACAACGCCCCUGCCCCCACACACUUUUUAUAAAACCUCCUUCAUCUCUUUACUCUUUCCCAAUUCCUUGCACAAUAUGUCAUCUGUUAAGUCUUUGGAUAUUGACUGAAUAUGUUGCAACCAGACUUAGGAAAGAUGGAAGUGGAAUAGUUGAAAUUCUAAGUGUCAUAAACCCCUAUUAAGACUAGGCAAGGUCUGAAAACAUUUUCCCUUCACCACCCUAUUCCUUUCCAUAAGGCAAGGCCCUAAUAGUCAGCAAGGAAAAAAGAACUCAUUCAUCUAUGCAAGAAAUGGAAAUGCUACGUGCAAGACACAAGACAAACCGUUAAAGGGAAGUCUCAAUUGCUACAGUAUAUGGUUUCUCCAGGGGGAAUAGCUCAGAAAAUGCAUUUAAAAUAUGGGAGACCUGAACAGAAAAACAAAACAGCAGCACAGUAUCUAGGGAGUGAAUGAAACAUCGGGUGGAAAUGAAAAUAUUAUACAUGGCCAGAUGUUCUAUGACUUGUAUGCACAGACAACCAGGAAAACCACACAACUUUUCUCUGUACUCAUAUGAAUGAGACUGAGUUGGAAAAAAGGAACUAAAUUAUUCCUUUCAAUCAAAAGCAGGUAAACUUAAAUUGUAUAAAACAAAUCAGAAGAAAAAGUCCAAAGAUACUGGUAACUUCAAGUCAUCAACUUUUGCUCUUUAUUUCUAAAUAUGUUUAAUUUUUAAAUAUGGUUAAUUUUUUUCCCUUUCUCUUUGUUUGGGAGGACUACAGUUUAAGUCUUUCAAGUUAACAUAUUUAUUAAGUUUCCAAUAUCAAUCUGACAUGUCAGAAUCGACAUUAUUUUCAGUAACCCUCCUUUGUAGUCAGGUAGGGCAGAAAGUUUUCUUAAAUCACAACAGUUUUCAAAUGUUUUUUAAGAGACAACGAAGGGCAAACCUUGGCAGCCCUUCUUCCUAUUGCUCUAUUCCUCUAUGCAGCAAGCGUUUCUACAAAACACCCAUCGUUCUCCAUAAACCCAUCUAAUACCUAAUAAUCCAAGAUGACCCUCCACUUCUUGAAUACACAUCUCAGUACAGAUCACCUUACCUGAGAACUUCUUUUCACUGCUGCAAAAAUAUAAAACUUAAGAAGGAAUCUGAAUGGUGGGCAUGAAGUCAACCUGUUUCACUGUGUGACUGAUUUAUGUGGUGAAGCUGAAUUUAAGGACUGAUUUGCUAGAUGGCACCCAUGGUAAAAAUGAUUCUAUCAACAAAGGUAUGUGCUACUCCUGAGGAAGCCUUAUGUCAGGUGAGUUUUGAUUACAAGUAUGACAUAGAGAUCUCAUCUUCUAAGUGAUCACUGUCCCCUAAGUAGCAGCAUGUUAACACACAUGUUAACAGUGCUUUCACAGCUGAAAAUAAGGGAAAAAAAAUUUUGUUUGCAACAGCUUGCUAAGUAAGCCUCGGCAUUUUGAUUAUCCCCAAAGACGGUAAACCCUUAUUCUUUGAAGUUGUAGUUCAUUCUGCUAACAACCUGGUCUGACAAAAUCAAAUCUUGUAAACCAGGUGGUAUACCAUGUAUUUUUAUCAAUCUAAGAAACCAUAGAAUCUAAUGACAUAUGUCUUCUACAUGGCUUGUGAACUGUUCUCAUAAAUGACUGCAGAAAUACAAGUAUUACUGCCAAAAGUAGCAUGCUUGGAUUAUAUCUACUUACUGCACAACUUGUGUAACAUUAUGUACAUUUGAAUUAUUUAUGCAAACCCUACAAAUGGGUAGUAUGCCCCACCCUUACAGAUAAUAAUUCAGAAAGCACAGGCUACUAGAGAGCCAAACCACACGGACUUCAAUCUGUCUUACACACAAAGAUGAUUUGUACCAAGAUAAAACUUACUUCCAUGUUUGAAAAAUCCAUGUUUUCAAAGGGAAGCAGAAUCAGUUUAUUUUAGAAUGACAUACAGGAUCAAUGUUAUCAAUGUCUAAAAGUAAAGCAUCACUAAGUAAUCCUUCCAGUUUCUCAGUUCUGCUAAAAUAUCUUCAGAAUGGCAUUACAGGUAAAGCUGCCCAGUAAGUCUUCCAAAAUAAGACACAAGACUGGGGAUAUAGCUCAGUGUGGAGAACUUGUCUAGCAUAUGUAAGAUUCUGGAUUUAAUCACUGUUACUGGAAGAAAAAUAGUUUUAAAAAAAUACCUAAUGAAAUGGACACUUACCUAUUCUGAUGAAAAUUACACUUUGAUGACAUCUUAUAGUUAUACUCUGCACAGAUAUAUAUAUAAUAACAUAUUUUGCAUAGAAUAACACAAAGGCUUAUGUUAUCACCAUAAUACCAAAGGAGCAAACUAAACACUCAUAAGUAGCAGAUUAAAUUAUGGCAUGUCCAUUCAAUAGAAUCUUACGCAGUCCCAAACAGAAUGAGGCUCCUUGUUCCUUGCAUAUUGGUAUGGAAUGAUCUCCAUAAACAACAAAAAAAGAGAGGUGGGCAUGGUGGCACAUGCCUAUAAUACUAGUAUAUUCUGGAAGGCUGAGAAAGGAGAAUCUCAAGUUCAAGCCCAGUCUGGGCAACUUAGCAAGAUCCUGAAUCAAAAUAAUAAAUAAAAGGGCUAGAAAUGUAGCUCAAUGCAAAAGCACUAGGUUCAGUCUCUAAAACCACCAAAACAAAAAACAAACAAACAAACCAAACUAAACAACGGAGGCAUGUUGCAGUGGGAGACAGACCUCUAUGUACGGUGGUACUGUUUUGAUCAUGUGUGUAGACAAACCCAUGUGCAUGUUUUAGGCACAGACUUCUCAAAAUAAACAAGGGACUGGGGUACACUAACUGUAUGAGGUAGGAGGAGGGGAAGACACCUUUAUAGGAAAUCAUUUUUGUCUCUUCACCCAUGGGAAAAGUUACAUGUUAAAAUAUUUUUAAUUAAAAAAUAUAGACUACUGAUUUCUCUGAGUUUACUGAAGAGAAAGAUUUGUGCGAUAUUGUUUGGACAAUUGAAUGCAAAUGUCUUGUGCUCUGGGUGAAUGAUUUGGGGAUGACAAUGCACAAUGUACCACUGUUGUCCCAACUGAUGUGUUUAAAAACAAUUUUUUUUCUCAUUGAAAUAAAUAGAUUUGAAAAAGAAAAACAAGUUUAUGGUGAAACUCUGCUCCCUACCCCACCAAAAAAACAAAAACAAAAAAAAAUACAGACCACAUGUGACUCACCCCUGUAAUCCCAGCACUUGGGAGGCUGGGGCAGGAAGACUGCCAUGGGGUCAGCCUGAAAUUUAAUAAAAAGACCCUGUCUGUCUGUCGGUCUCUCUCUCUCUCAUAUACAUACAACCAAAUUAGCGCUAGUCUCUGCAUCCAGGAAGCUGAAGCAGGAGGAUCACUUGAGAGCAGGGGAUCUGAGGCCAGCCUGACAAAAUAGUGAGACAUCACCUCCAAAGGGAAAAAAAGAACAUUAUAUAAUUUGUAAAUUACAAAGAGAGUAGUUUCUGAUUAUGGGGGAAAAAAGCACUCAUUACAGAAAGCAGCAAAAUUCUUGAUAAGCUAGGCUUCUGUGCUGUGCACACACGAGUGUGUGUGUGUGUGUGGUAGUACUUGGGCUUCGUACUGAGCUACAGUCCUAUUUUGAGACAUUUUGAGAUAUGUGAGUCUCACUAAGUCACUAUGUUACCCAGACUGAGCUCGAACUUGUGAUCCUCCUGCCUCAGUCUCUGAGUGCUGGGAUUAGGAAUGUAAACCACCAUGCCUGGCUGAUUUUAUUACGCAUUUGGAUAAUAAAAUCUUUCAGACUGGGGGUUUAGAUCAGCGGCAUAAGCGCAUGUCUGGCAAGCAUGAGGUUGUGAGUUUGAUCCCUGGUACAAAAACAAAAAAAAAAGAUAAUAAAAUCUUUCAUACUUUUCAUGAAACAAUGACUGAGUUGUAAUGUAAUAAUUUUAUUAUUUACUUCUGAGAGCUGGGAGUAGAGGUGUGUACCACCAUACCUAGCAAAACUUUUUUUUUAAAGAAAAAAGAAUAAAAAUGAUACAGAAUUUUCUGACAAUAGAUUGACAAUUGUUAAUAUAUUGGAUAUUAUCUUCAAAGUACUUGCUUGAAUUACAAAAUAUAGGCUUAAAAGAUUGAUUAAAUAAUGAAAGCACAAAUCAUUCUUUUUGAUGAAGGGAGAUUAGCAGUAUAAUUAUCUAUCUUGUGUAUGUGUGUGUGUGCAUAUAUAUAUAUAUAUAUAUAUAUAUAUACACACACUUUUCCCCUUUUUCUUUUCUCCUUUCCAAUAUCCCAGUUGUUCUUUCCUUUUGAGCAAUUUCCUCCCCUUUCACUUUCACAACAGCUAUUAUACCUUUUGAAUCUUAUUUACUCUUUCUUGCUAGUUUUUUUACACUACAAUACAAUGUUUGUACAUGUGAAUCUGAUUUAUUUCACUUUUGAGUAUGAUCUCAAGUUGUAUUCAUUUACCCAUAAAAACCUUGAGUCUAUC